CUAUUCUUUCUUUUCCAUUUUGCACAAUAGUGGAUACCACCCUUCUCAAUCCCCUCCAAAACUCAAGAAACUUGUUCACAAUCCCAAUCCUCCCCACACCCCCAAAAAUCCUCAUACAUAGAGCUUUCACUUUCACUUUUGCCCCCCAAUUGUGUUGAAACAUAGCCUCCACUCCACUCCACUUUGUUCCUUAAUCCAGAGCCAGAAACUAAUCUCUCGAGAUACUAAGAUUCAUUUACAGAAACCACGUUGUUUCUAAUGAGUCCAACCGAUAGUCUGAGACUAAUUAAUCCCUCGACAUAUUGAGCGGUUGAGUUCAAGAUAUGUUCUAGACUAAUUAAUUUCUCGAGAUACUAAGAUCCAUUACAGUGAUUGAACUCACCACUCAAGCUGACAAUCAAAGAUUAAUCUUUGGAAAUACUGAGAUCCAUUUACAGUGGUUGAAUUGAACCCAAGAUAUAUAUAUAUAUCCUGAGAGACUAAUCUUUUGAGAUAGUGAGAUCCAUUUAGUAUUGCUCUUCAUUGCAUUCUUUGAUGGAGUAUUGGUUGAGGGAGCUAGAAGGGAAGCAAGCACAUGACCCUUUAAUGAUAGAGAAGAUGAGGGGUAGUGAGAGAUGUGUGUGGGUGCCAGGGGCAGUGAUAGUGGGAGCAGGGCCAUCAGGGCUUGCAACAGCAGCACACCUAAAGGAGAAAGGAGUGCCAAGCCUAAUCCUAGAGAGAUCCAACUGCAUAGCAUCUUUGUGGCAGCUAAAGACCUAUGAUCGCCUCCACCUUCACUUGCCAAAGCAAUUCUGCGAGCUUCCCUUGAUGGGAUUCCCCUCCGACUUCCCCAAGUACCCCACCAAGCAGCAGUUCGUAGACUACUUGGAGAGCUACGCCCGGCGAUUCGACAUUCGCCCUCGGUUCGGCGAGACGGUUCGCCGGGCGGAGUUCGACCACACCCUCGGCUUCUGGAGGGUGAGGAGCUCAGGUAAGAAAGAAUUAGUGACAGAAUUUGUGUGCAGGUGGCUGAUUGUGGCCACUGGGGAGAAUGCAGAGGCUGUGGUGCCCAAUAUUGAGGGAAUGGGGGAGUUUGCUGGGACAAUAAAGCACACAAGCUUUUACAAGAGUGGAGAGGAGUUUAGAGGGAAGAGGGUGUUGGUGGUUGGGUGUGGGAAUUCUGGGAUGGAAGUUUGCUUGGAUCUUUGCAACCAUAAUGCUACUCCUUCUCUUGUGGUUAGAGAUACAGUACAUAUCUUACCACGAGAGAUGCUGGGAAAAUCAACUUUUGGGUUGUCCAUGUGGUUGCUGAAGUGGUUUCCAAUUCGGUUCGUGGACCGGUUCCUGCUGAUAGUGUCAUGGCUCAUGCUUGGUGACACGGCUCGGUUCGGAUUGGACCGGCCAAGGUUGGGUCCCCUUCAACUCAAAAACCUGUCCGGAAAGACACCAGUGCUGGACGUGGGUACCCUUGCCAAGAUUAAAAGUGGACACAUAAAGGUACGACCAGGCAUCAAGCGGUUAAAACGUUAUACAGUUGAAUUUGUCGAUGGAAGAACUGAGAAUUUUGAUGCUAUUAUAUUGGCAACUGGCUACAAAAGCAAUGUGCCCUAUUGGUUAAAGGAAGAGGAUAUGUUCUCUAAGGAAGAUGGGUUCCCUACGAAGCCAUUUCCAAAUGGAUGGAAGGGUGAGAAUGGUCUUUAUGCAGUUGGUUUCACCAAACGUGGCCUAAUGGGUACAUCCCUUGAUGCAAGGAGAAUAGCUGAAGACAUUGAACGGUGUUGGAAAGCUGAGGCAAAGCAUAGUACUGCUUUUUCUCUCUCACUUAAUGUGCCACAAUCCAAUUCAUGAUCAUCAACAUGGCUUCAUUAAUUGGCCAAAUUAGAGGUUAUAGAGAAGAGAUUCAUGUUAAUUUACACAUGAAUGGAGAUGGGGGUUGAUUUUUGUGGUGCCAUCACACAUGUGCACAAUGCAAUGCUAGCUAGGGCAAUAGCUAGUGCCAAAUUAAGAGUGUGUAAUGUGUUGUGUUCUCCUCCAAUCCAUAUACAGAAAAGUGGACAAAAAAGAAUGGAAAUUUUGGUGGGGGAAAAUUUCCCAUUGUGGUGCCCUUUUGAUGGAUUCACCUAUCAACUUUGAGAAUGACAUGUUGAAUAGAAAUUGAAGGAAAGAUGGGUGCUAGGGAGGGGCAGUUUUUAUUUUUUUUUCUUUCAACCUUGGUUCUCUAUACAUAUUGUACAGUGCAAUUUUUUCCCCUUAUAUAUGUAGGUUUGACUUUCUAGAGAGCCAAAGUGACUGAGAAAAGAGGAAGGGGUUGAAGAAGAAACCCUCUAGAGCUAGUGCUUGAUAUGUGAUUGUGGUUUAACCAAAUGGAUUUUUUAUUUUUAUUUUUUAAAUAUAGAAUAUAGUAUGAGAUUUUGGUGAUC